AUGACAAGAGGGAAAAUCGUGAUCAGAAGAAUUGAGAAUCCGGCAAGCAGACAGGUGACGUUUUCGAAACGUAAAAGUGGGUUAGUUAAGAAAGCCAAGGAACUAGCAAUCCUUUGUGAGGCUGAAGUUGGACUCACAAUCUUUUCUAAUACUGGACGACUCUAUGAAUACUCAACUUCCAGCAUGGAAUCAAUAUUUCAAAGAUAUAAUGAAGAAAAGGAACACCAUCGCUUGUUGACACCCUCAAUAGAAGCCAAGUUCUGGCGAACGGAGGUAGAAAGGCUGAGACAACAAUUGGAUGAUCUUCAAGAAAAUUACUGGAGAUUGAAGGGGGGAGAACUUUGUGGCAUGAGAAUAAGCGAUCUUCACAAUCUGGAAAAUGAACUGGAGAUGAGUUUGAAGAAUAUCCGCAUUAAGAAGGAAAAUAUGUUAACUGAUGAGAUAGAAGAAUUAAAUCGAAAGAGUGCUGUUAUUGGUCAUGAAAAUGUGGAAUUGUCUAACAAGGUAACUCUCAUCCACCAAGAAAAUAGACAACUUCAUAACAAGGUUUAUGGAGAAACUGACAAGAUAAAAUUUGAAGAAGGAAGUUGCAGUGUACAUACUUUAGAAAAGGAAUCAAGUAGUGUUCCAUUACAACUAAAUGUCAAUAGAGCAGUACAAGAAUGCGAAAUUAGUUUGGGGUAA